ACAUGCAGCGAUCGACGACGACACGCCGGACGGACGCAGGACACGUCAGAGACUCACAAGCGUCCGUCCUCUCCAGCAAGAGCAAGUGCGCACACUCUGAGGUCUGAGCUCGAUCCUUCUCCAGUUCACAUCAAUCUCUUCGUGAAUCGCCCAAUCAGUUCAUCAAUAGCAGCAGCAGAUGCAUCCAAGUACCCGUGCAGAAAUGGCUUUGAAUGCGACUGCCCGCAGGCCGCAGGUCACACUCUUCGCUAAGUUCGUCGUAGGCACUGGCGAAGCUAAAGAAAAUACUACGUGGAAAAGGCAGGCCAAGUGUCUUGUGCGGGCGGGCGACGGAUCGCCAGGCGGCGGAGACAAAACCAUCCCCCAGCGAGCACGCUUGGUUGGCAAGCUCUCCUCUUCCUCCUCCCGUGCGGCGUAGGUGAGCGCGGCCAGCAAGCAAAGCGGCGCCGACGGAUAUCAUAUCAUAAUCUUUUCGCCCCCGUACGUCGCCGUCGCGGGAGGUGUUCCGUUGCCAGGUCCUCCGUCGCCUAUAAAUCCGGGGCAGGCUCACACAAAGAUCGUUGCCUUGGACUGCAUGCUGCGGAUCGAUGUGCAGCUCUCGAGUUCAUAACAGAGCAGCAGCUAGCGUGGACUGCCCCCUCUUCUUCUUCUUCUACCUACAGACCCACUGCCCAAGUGCAUUGGCCUCUCCACGGAGCACACAGUGCUGACGGACGGUGAAGGCUGAUAGCCAGAUUCGAUGGAGAAAUUACUGGUGUUCUUGCUCCUAUGCGCAGCUGCUCUAAUGGAAGGUUUCAUGGCCAAGUCUCUUCCUUACGAUUAUUCGGCAAGCGUCGAGUGCUUGGCUGAGCCGCUGGAGCCUCACUACGGCGGCGGCGUCAUCGUCAACCCGGACUUCAACUCCGGCCUUCAGGGCUGGUCGUCCUUCGGGUACGGCAGAGUCGCCGAGGGCGCGUCGGUGGCGACGGGGAACCGGUACGCCGCGGCGGUGAACCGGACGCGGCCGUACCAUAGCGUCAGCCAGAAGGUGUACCUGCAGAACGACACGCACUACACUUUGUCAGCCUGGUUUCAGGUGAGCAAUGGCAGCGCCGCCGCCGUGCGGGCGGUCGUCAAGACCGCCGAUGACUUCGUCCACGUCGGCGGGGUCGUGGCCAAGCCCGGGUGCUGGUCCAUGCUCAAGGGCGGGCUCACCUCCGCCAAGGCCGGACGCGCCGAGCUCUACUUCGAGAGCAACGCGACGGUGGACAUAUGGGUGGACAGCGUGUCGCUGAAGCCGUUCAGCAAGGAGGAGUGGGCGGCGCACCGGACGGAGUCGACCCGCGCCACUCGCCGGAAGACGGUGAGGCUGCAGGCGUCGGACUCCGCGGGCAACCCGCUGCAGGGCGCGGAGGUGUCCGUGGAGAACGUGCGCACCAGCUUCCCGCUGGGCGCCGCCAUGAGCGGCGAGAUCCUGCACAACGCGGCGUACCAGCAGUGGUUCACGUCCCGGUUCACGGUGACCACCUUCGAGAACGAGAUGAAGUGGUACAGCACGGAGCCGGCGCCGGGGCGGGAGGACUACACGGUGGCGGACGCGAUGCUGGCGCUGGCGAAGCAGCACGGCAUCGGGGUGCGCGGCCACAACGUGUUCUGGGACGACCCCAAGCAGCAGCCGCGGUGGGUGCAGUCGCUGCCCUACACGGAGCUGCUGGCGGCGGCGUCGCGCCGGAUCCGGUCCUUCGUGUCGCGGUACGCCGGGCAGCUCAUCGCGUGGGACGUGGUGAACGAGAACCUGCACUUCUCCUUCUUCGAGCGGCAGUUCGGGUGGGACGCCUCCACGGCAUUCUACGCGGCGGCGCGGCUGCUGGACGCCGGGUCGUCGCUCAUGUUCAUGAACGACUUCAACACGCUGGAGCAGCCCGGGGACAUGGCGGCGGUGCCGGGCAGGUACGUCGACCGGCUGAAGCAGAUCAUCGCGUCGUACCCGGAGAACGGCGCCGGCAUGGCCAUCGGGCUGGAGGGCCACUUCACCACGCCCAACAUCCCCUACAUGCGCGCCGCGCUCGACUCCAUGUCGACGGUGGGCAUCCCCGUGUGGCUGACGGAGGUGGACGUCGCCGGCGGGCCGAUGCAGGCGCAGCACCUGGAGGAGGUGCUGCGGGAGGCGUACGCGCACCCGGCGGUGCAGGGGGUGAUCCUCUGGUCGGCGUGGCACGCCCAGGGUUGCUACGUCAUGUGCCUCACCGACAACAACUUCAAGAACCUGCCUCAGGGGGACGUCGUGGACCGGCUGCUCGCCGAGUGGCGGACGGCGGCGCAGACCGGCACCACCGACGAGCAGGGGUACUUCCAGGCCGAGGUCGCGCACGGCGAGUACAAGGUCACCGUCAGCCACCCGUCGCUCAACACGUCUGUCUCGCAGAGCGUCACGGUCGAGCUGGGCUCCGGGAAUCACUUCUUCAUCCAGGCCUAAGCUACAAUCAAUCACAGUGCUUUGCUAGCCUCCCAUGACCCUUGCUAGGUGCUAUAUGGAGAGAGAUUUUAGAGCAUCAUACUACUAUUCAGAAUGAAAAUAUGUAGACCACCACCACACAGAUUAGCCAUUCACGUACCAAUUUUACACUGUAAAAGAAAAGGAAAAUGGCAAUAUAUGUUCUACUUUAGAAGA